CAAGGAGGAUUCAGUGCUUGUGAGACUCUGUGUGUGAUGGAGGACGUUCGCACACAAAGCAUCCUUUUCCAUUUCUGAACAGGCUCUUUCCUGCAUCUGCCCGUUAGCUGACACUUCAUUCCCUCGUUUUGAAACCUCAUCAAUGCGGUUCUUCAGACUUACCUUUAAGUGUUUUGUGGAUUGCUUCUGAACCCCCUCCCCGGCUUCCCGUGGUUCUCUCACAAUAUUUUAUUUAUUUUUUUGUCUUUUUUUUUUUUUUUUUUUUUAAGACUGAAUAAAUUUUAAAAAAAGAGUAAAUAUUUUUUAUUUGCUGUGAAAAUAAAGAAAAAAAAAUAUCUAAACCUCAAAAAUGAGAAGUAUACCAUCGACUCCGAAAGAAAAGAACGCAGAAAAGGAUGGAUUCCCUCGAGCCCCCGAAAUGGAGGGAGCUGAGACAUCAGGAGGGGGGGAAGCAAUCCCAGACGAAAAAGCUGUCGUUGCUCCACUGGUGGUGCCUGCUAUGGGUCCAGUCAAAAUCCCCAUCCCAGAACGAGAGACUUGGACCCGUCAGAUGGACUUCAUCAUGUCUUGUGUGGGCUUUGCAGUUGGACUGGGUAACGUGUGGAGGUUCCCAUACCUCUGCUAUAAAAACGGAGGAGGUGUGUUCCUGAUACCGUAUCUAUUGAUCGUGUUUGUUGGAGGAAUUCCUGUCUUCUUCUUGGAGAUUGCGCUUGGUCAGUUCAUGAAGCAAGGUGGUAUUGCAGCGUGGAAUAUAGCUCCAUUAUUUAAAGGUCUUGGUUUUGCUUCAAUGGUGAUCGUGUUCUUCUGUAACACCUAUUAUAUCAUGAUCCUGGUCUGGGGCCUUUAUUACCUGGUGCACUCUUUCACCAACACACUGCCCUGGGCUACUUGCGGACAUUCGUGGAAUACUAAGGAGUGCACAGAAGUCUUCCGUCUGGACCAGUGUAUCAACUUGACAUCAGGCAACCUUUCCGGCUCUGGCAAUGUCUAUAACAUCAGCUGUGAUGCUCUAGCGAACAAGCGCUCACCCGUCAUGGAGUUCUGGGAGAAGAAGGUGUUGCAGAUCUCCAGUGGUUUGGGUGAACCUGGACAACUAAAUUGGCAAAUGAUCCUUUGCCUGCUAGCAACCUGGAUCAUUGUAUAUUUCUGUAUAUGGAAGGGAGUAAAAUCAACAGGAAAGGUUGUUUACUUCACAGCUCUAUUCCCUUACUUAGUCUUGAUAGUCCUCUUGGCCCAUGGAGUGACGCUUCCCGGGGCCCUGGAUGGGAUUGUAUAUUAUCUAAAACCUAACUGGUCUAAGCUUGCUGAAGCCCAGGUGUGGAUUGAUGCUGGUACGCAGAUCUUCUUCUCGUAUGCUAUUGGCUUAGGGGCCCUGACAGCCCUUGGAAGCUACAAUAGGUUUCAUAAUAACUGCUACAGAGAUGCGUAUAUUCUAGCUGCUAUCAACAGCUCUACAAGCUUCUUCUCGGGCUUUGUGGUCUUCUCGGUCUUGGGAUUCAUGGCAUCUGAGCAAGGUGUUGACAUAUCCAAGGUUGCAGAGUCUGGUCCUGGAUUGGCGUUCAUUGCAUACCCAAAAGCUGUGACUUUAAUGCCAUUCGCUCCGGUCUGGGCUGCACUGUUCUUCUUUAUGCUAUUGGUACUUGGUCUAGACAGCCAGUUUGUGGGGGUCGAGGGAUUCAUAACCGGGAUUAUGGAUUUAUUUCCUCACCCUAUUAACGGCUUUGUGCGCAGGGAGGUCAUCGCUGCACUCUGCUGCCUUGUUUGCUUCAUUAUAGACCUUUCCAUGGUGACCGAGGGAGGGAUGUACGUCUUCCAGCUUUUUGACUAUUAUUCGGCGAGUGGCAUCACUUUGUUGUGGCAAGCGUUCUGGGAAUGCGUGGUCAUCGCAUGGGUCUAUGGUGCUGACAGAUUUAUGGAUGACAUUGCCCGGAUGAUUGGUUACCGCCCUCUCCCUUACAUGAAAUGGUGCUGGUCAGUGCUCACUCCUUUAGUCUGUGUGGGCAUCUUUUUGUUUCAUGUUGUCAAUUACAAGCCGCUGACUUACAACAACUCCUACGUCUACCCCUGGUGGGGAGAAGCUAUUGGCUGGGGUCUUGCGCUGUCCUCCAUGUUGUGCAUUCCUCUUACUGUUGUCAUCAAACUGCUUCGAUCUAAGGGUUCCCUGCGAGAGCGUUGGCACCUUUUAACCACCCCGGUGUGGGGUCACCACCACCUGGAAUACCUCACUCCUGAGGCAGAAACCAAGCUCCUCCCACCUGACUCCAUGAUUGCGCUCAGCAAAGAGAAAGCCAUAUUGUUUGAGACGGUGAUCUGAGUGCCAACUGCAUAGCCAGCUUGCUUCCUAUACAUUGUGCCAAUAUCUUUUUUUCUGUAUUUUGUUCAUGCAUUGCUUCCCCCAAAAUGGGGCAGAGCUGAGGCAGUCAAAUCAAGUUAAAGGGAAAUAUGACACAUUCUUAUCAUAUACGUACGAACACUCUCCAACCUGUCCUUAUUGGUAUAGCAUGUGAUGAUAGGUGCAUACGUAAAAUAAUUACCUGUUCCUUCACAUACACAAAAUAAGAGCCAUUGAGAACUUAACUACAGCUGGGAUAAAGGCAAUGCUGCCAUUUUAGAAUUGUUUAAAGCGUGAACCAGGAGCACAAUACAUUAUGUAUCAAUUGUAUAGGAUUUCUUUAAACAUGUACUCAACUAGUCAGGCUUGAAGGCCUUGUAACAACCACAUCCUGUGAUUUCAUUGAGUGUGGUUGUUAUAAAGAUUAAUACCUUCACUAUUUUAAUGCUGGUCAGCUGACAACAUUUAUUUUUUGAGGGAACACUGAAUUAUAGAUUUCAAGGAGGUGCAUUGGCAACGUUCUUAAUAGUGUGACUUCUUCAUUUCAAAAACCUAUACAAACUUUCUUUUAAAAAAACCAAAACAUCGACCAGGGCGCAGUUUAAAGUCUAAUAUAAAUGUAAAAUGCAAUGUUUUUUCUAUCCAUGAUUAAGUAUGUGGCCUACAAGUAAAGGCCUGCCUUUUAUGGCCGUACUGUGGACCUGACUCCAUGUAUUACGACAACUAAUGGAGUAUAAAAGCAAAUGCAUUUCCCUGCCCACUUUCUGAUGUCAUACUCUAGUACCAUAUGUUGACGAAAUACCAAAAUAUGCAGUAGUUAAUUUGCAUGUGGUGCUGUAGUAUGUCAGAAAGGUAGGUGGAGCUUUAACAUGAGAAAACUAACACAAUGUAUAGAUUUUUUUUUGUGCUAUACUUACUUUUGUUCGUAAGCACAGUUAAUGCAAAAGUUCCUCAGACCUGAAUUAUUGAUCUUUGUAUCCUGCACCAUACAUGUUGACAAUGGUGCGAGUAUUAUUUUCAUGCCAUUAGCUGCACACAGCUUAGGUAGUUGACAGAUGAAGCACUCUGACUACUGGAUAAACAACAAAUUGAGGGGUUAUCAAGUAUACAAGUAACUUAUGCCAAGUGGUGAGGUGACCUCCAAUUCAGUUGAAUUGUUUUUUUGUUUUUUUCUAAGUCUGGCAUUUUGAUCACAAUUUAGCAAGUUGUCACUCAUCAAGUCUGCUGAAUUGUGAAUGAAAUCCAUGGAUUCUAACUUAUAAAAUGGAUUUCAGCCACAAUGGUCAAAGAAAAAUGUAAGAACAACAUAAUAGAAGAACUGGUAGGUCAAGAAUUCCUGCUUUUUCCUAAUCAUGCCCUCCUACUUUACAAAAGCUUUAACGGAAGCAGAUCAAUUAUUUAUUUUGAUGAAUAUGAAUUAUCAAGAGUUUGGAGUUUAUUCACUACAUUGGGACAUGUGGAAAUAGCAUUGUUUUAAAUGGGAGAUCUGAAAAAAGAUGGAGAAUUUUUCCAUCUUGACUAAUUUGAUAUUUUUUCAAUUCUCCACUAUUGGAUACGUUUGUACAACUGUCUAAGUACUUAAUAUUUAUCAUUAAAAUCAAACAAUUUGAGAAACAUUGGGAGCAUAUUUUUUUGUAUUUACUUAUUCUCCCAUAUACUAUUAUUUAUUGGUACUAUACUAUAAUAUCCUUUUUAUGUUAUGAUAAAUACAUAAUAGUAUUUUACGAUCAGUAUUUUACAACUCCACAAUUCCCAAUCCAGUGUAUAAAGCCUCUUUGUUUUAAAACAUAUCUCUAAACUGUAACAUCAUAUCGUAGAUGUUCAGUUCAGAUGGACCCACUAGUGUUGAUGUUACGAAAUAACCAAAUGGUUUUCUGGAAUUUUAAGACACAGAAAGAAAUAUUAGGAAUCAAGUGCAGUAUCAUGGGAGUUUUAACCACAGAUGGAAUUACAAAUCUGGUCGAUAUCCGUUCCGAAGAAAAUUUAGCUUUUUUUUCUCAUGUUCCAUCAAUUUUUCCAGUUUGUGAAAUCCUUAACUUUAUUCAUCCCAGUGGCAUUGUAUUGAUAGUUUUCAUACCUAGAAAAAUAAAACCUCAACAUAUGUGUGCAAUUUAUGUAUUUAAAAAUGCACACAUGAAGAGAAAGAGACUAGCUAGCACAAUAUAUAUAUAAGAGCAUUAGUUCCAUUCAGCUGUAUAGGUGUGUUUCUAGAUACCACCAUGUGAGGGCAGUAAUAAGGCUUUAAUUGAGUCUAAAAUUCAGCAACAAUUGCGUAGCUCAGAGUGAUCAAUGACGACUAGUUAGUCUGGUUCUGCAACCUAAAGCUCUGAUGCUCUUAGAACAGUUAUAAUAUUAAUAUUAUUUAUAAAGCACCAACAAAUUCCAUAACGCUGUACAAUAGGUGGACUAACAGACAUGUAAUAGCAACUAGACGAGUUGGAUGCACAGGAACAGAGGGUGUUGCGAGGCCUGGUCAAACGAGUUCACAUUCUUGAGGGAUAAUUACAGCCAUCAUCUAAUAUUUCUAAAUGACCAUCCACUCAGUACGGACACUAUAAAACAACUAUUUGUCAAAAUGGCUGGGAUUACAAAAUGGGCAGAGAAUGAUGAAAUAUACUAUCUUGUCACAUUUUUACUCGUAUGUUUUGCUCUACGGAAUAUACUGGAACAUUUUAGAUAAAAUAAUGAAUUAUAGUAACUACAUUUAUCUUCUAUAUUAGAUACAACGUACAAAUCCAAUAUGUUGUUCUUCAGAUAUUGUAGCAUUUUAACUCCCAUGAUACUCAGCUGACCAUAAGCUUCCCCUAGAUCCCAAGCCAGAUACUAUAGUCUUCUUCAUACCUGUAACACUGCAGAUCUGGACAUUAGCUAUAUUUAAGCAAAAGGAAAUGGACAGCCAACUGUGUUCUGCCCUUUUAAUGUAUAGCCCGUUAAAGUGUCCUUUUAUGCUUUUAAUAAAUAAAACAACCAGAGCAGAUUACAUGGUCCUGAAGAUGCUCUUUUAAGAUUGUCUAAAAAAAUCUAUAGUU